AUGGGAUGGGUUCUUUCAGUGGUAAACCUUUGGGAGAGAACUUGCUCUUGUCGCGAGUUCCAGAUACUGACGAUACCAGGUUCCUAUGCCAUUGCCGCUGUAAUUAAAGAAGGGGUAAGGGUGGACACUUUACUGGGAGUGUCGCAUACUGUGCCAAAUCUAAGGUUCGCUUAUGCGGACAUGAUAAUGCCAGUCCUCGACAUGGCAACUCUCGCACCUUCCCCCAGUGAUGUAGGUGGUGGAAAGUUAGCCCCUCCCUUUGUGAGGAUGCCGCCUGGGCGCCCGAGGAAGAGACGUUUAUUCUCACGUGGAGAAAUAAGGAUAACAACCCGGAGAAGAUGCACGAGAUGUCGUUCACUUGGUCACAACAGGGCAACGUGCCGGGGUCCGGUUCAGGGACCAUAG